GAGAGAAGAAGAAGAAAAAGAAGUCGACCCGCAGUCCGAGGAGGAAGACAGCCUGCUGAAGCGAAUGAUGAGGCAGGUGCGCGAGCAGGAAGAGAAAAUGAAAGACGUUCUUUCUGCGAUGGAAUAUUUUCGUCUGCAAGAAAUGGAGCCGCCUCGAGACCCCGAGGCGCCGGGCGCUGGCGAGCCCUCGGCCGUGGGCGGGAGGAGGAGGGUUCGGGGAGCAGCUGGCAGCGGCGACACUCCGCCAGCAGCUGCCAGGGACGGGGCGAAAGCAGCGGCAGGCGGGGGAGACAAGCCUCGGCAAGCAACUGGCAGAAAGGGCAAGGCCAGGAAGGCACCGGAGGACGACGAGCCUUUGUCAGCAGCGGGCAGGGAUGAGCGUCCGGAGGCAGCAGGCACGAGGGGAAAGGUGCGGCAAAGGGCAGACAGGAAGGCCGAGGGCGAGGUGGCAGCCGAGGGCGAGGUGGCGACGAGGGCGAGGUGGCGAGGUGUGGCAUCCGAGGAGUCACCUCAAGAAGACAGCGACGCGUCAACACUAGAAGAUGAGAGUGACGAAUCAGUGUGA